AUGUGGCGCGCCAGCCUCGCCCUCGCCGCAGUCGCGGCCGUCGUCGCCGCGUCACCGCCGGCCUGCCGCGCGGGACUUGGCUCGUUUCAGGUGAAUAUAUCGGAGGUGACGAGACUCCGGCGACGAGAUGACGCCCGUCGAAGGCGCUUGGACGGAGUCAAUCACACGCACGCCGUCAAUCACACAACCCACAAAGAACGCGUCGCCCAACACCGGCGCGAGUGGAAGCUCCGUAAAAAGAGCAAGCACGCGGCCGCGGAGCAAGCGCGCGCCGAGAACGCCACGUGCUACGCGAAGAACUACGCGGACCUCGAGUAUCACUAUUGCAAGAAGGGCUGCAACGUCGGCGCGCUCCUCGACCACUUCCGCGACCACGGCCGAGGGGAGGGCCGCAGCUUCGGCUGCGUGAAUAUCUCCGCCGCCGAGAAGGCCAAGUACGGACAGGUGGCGUGUCCCACGGACCAUCACGUCGGCGGGUGCGACGACAGGCUGAACGUAGGACGGCAAGGAUCCCGCGGCGUGACGUGCCGGCCGGUCGGCGGCAAUUGCGCGUGCGGCCGACCCGCGGACUUAGACGCGGCGGCGGCGCGGGCUGGAGCGACGCACGCGCAGAACGCGACCCGCAUCUGCGCAUACGUCCGUAGCUACGAUGGCCACAAGAGCGUGAUCGGUACGAUGCUGCAGACAAUGCGGGCGGCCGCGCGCGCGGCCGGGACGCCGGUGGACCUGGAGGUGCACCUCGCCAACACGGAUAGGCGGCUCCCGCUGUCGCCCUGCUUCCGCCGCCGCGUAGCGUUCGAGGCGUCGUGCGUUGAUCAGAACGCGUCGGGCAGCUUCGAGAUCCACGAGCGCUUCGACGAUCGCUACCAGCGCGCCGAGGCGGCCUUCAGGCGACGCUGGGGCGUCAAGAUCAAAGUCUUUGGCUACAUCCUGACGGACCUGUGGCUCCUCGAGAUGCGCCGGCGAGGCGGCUGCGACUUCAUCCAUGUUACCAAUGGAGACAACAUCUACCACGUCGACUUCUUCCGGCACCAGCUCGCCGUGUUCAACGCGCGCCCGGACGUCGGGUCGACCGCGGUGGACUUCUUCUGCCACCUUCUCAAAAGAUUCCAGAGAGUGGCCUUUCGCAUUGCGGCGAUCGACCUGGGGUGCAUGCUCGUGCGGCCGUCGGCGAUGCGCAACGUGACGUUCGCCGUCGGCCUCUUUGAAGAUGGCAAGCCCCAGCCGUCGCAGGGGCGUCUCCACGCGGCCGACGGCUUUUUCGCCGCGGAGCUCGCCAGGCGAGCGCCCGCCGUCCCGAUCCACGACCAUGGGCCGCUCUUCUUCCACUUUUGA